AUGGAAGGCCCUGUAGGUGAGCUCCACCGGCGGCUGACUGAUGGAGAGGAGCAGCUCAAGGUGGUAGCAAUCGUCGGUGUUGCAGGCAUUGGUAAAACCACGCUUGCCCUGAAAUUGUUGGGUAAGCUCCAGGGACAGUUCGAGUGCGCCGCCUUUGUGCGGACAGCACAAAAGCCCAAUAUGAGGGGGAUCAUCAGCAGUAUACUCUCACAAGUUCGUCCGCACCAACUGCCGGACCCUGCCGACAUGCACCACCUCAUCCGCGAUCUCAGUGAACAUCUACAAGAUAAGAGGUACUUCAUUGUAAUUGAUGACUUGUGGGCUACAUCAGUGUGGGAUGUUCUUAGUCGUGCUUUUCCAGAGGGUAGUUCAUGCAGUAGAAUAGUAACUACAACUGAAAUUAUAGAAGUAGCUCGGGCAUGCUGUGGUUAUCUCCCUGACCAUAUUUUUCAGAUGGAAUUUCUUAGUGAGGAUGACUCACAAAAACUAUUGCUCCAAACAAUUCUCUCAGAAAAUCAAAGUCCUCAACAUUUCGAUCACGUUUUACCUCAUAUUUUGAGAAAAUGUGGUGGGUUGCCACUAGCAAUCAUUAUGGUAGCCAGCCUUUUAGCAAGCCGACCUGAGAAACUAGAUCAACUGGGCUUUGUGCAGAGUUCUCUUGGUUCAAAUAUGCGGUUGCAGGCACAUCCUGCCAUGGAAAGGUUUAUGGAACAAUUAUUGAACAUUAGGUUCGAUUGUCUUCCACAUUAUUUGAAGACUUGCCUGCUUUAUCUUAGUACUUGUCCAGAGGGCUACAUAUUCUUGAAGGAUGAUUUGGUGAAGCAAUGGCUAGCUGAGGAUUUUAUAUGUGCACAAUUAGGGAAAGACAUGGAGGAAGUUGCUAGAAGCUAUUUUGAUGAGCUUGUCAGUAUGGGCCUGAUCCAAGUUAUGGAUAUCAACUACAGUUAUGAGCUAUUGUCUUAUUCAGUCCACCAUAUGGUUCUUGAUUUUAUCACAUGCAAGUCUAUUGAAGAGAACUUCAUCACUGUAGUGGAUUAUUCUCAAACAGCAAUGCUACUUCCUGAUAAAGUUCGCCGAUUGUCGCUCCAGUUUGGCAGUGCAACAUAUGCAACUACACCAGCAAGUACCAGAUUAUCACAAGUUCGAUCACUCUUCUUUUUUGGACUGUUUAACUGCAUGCCUUCAUUAAUGGUGUUUAAGUUUCUUCGAGUUCUAAACCUUCGUCUUGGGGGCGAUCUUGGAAAUAUGAGUUUGGACCUUACAAGAAUUAGUGAACUGUUUCGACUGAGAUAUUUGCAGGUCACAUGUAGUGCCAUUGUGAAGUUACCAGAUCAGAUUGAAGCUAUGAAACAUUUGGAAACACUGGAAAUAAAUUCAAGAGUAUGCGCCAUUCCUCCGGACAUUGUUCGCCUUCCGAGCUUGUUGCAUCUCUGUCUUCGAGGUGGAACAAAUCUACCUGACAGGAUUGGCCAUAUAAGAUCUCUACGUACACUAAAGUAUUUUGACCUUGGUGAUAACUCCGAAGACAAUUUAUGGAGCCUUGGCGAGCUGACAAACCUGCGGGAUCUACAUUUCACAUAUUCUAGAUUACCAUCUAGUGAACAUUUGAAGAGAAAUCUGAUAGCUCUGGCCUCUUCACUUGAGAAACUUUGUAACCUCAAAUCUGUCACUCUGGCUCCUGGUGCUGCAGGCAUGGUUGUUCUCUUUGAUGGCUCGAGCGGCAUGUCCUCUCCUCCAGUCUUCCUUGAGAGGCUUGAGCUGUUGCCGCCCAUAUGCAUCUUUUCCAGAUUUCCCAAGUGGAUUGGACAACUCCGCAAAAUCUGCAUUUUGAAAGUUGCUGUUAAAGAACUGCUGACGAAUGAUAUUGAUAUCCUCACAGGAUUACCCUCCCUCACAGUCCUCUCGUUGUGGGUCCAGACUGCCCCUGAGGGAGAAAUCAUCUUCAACGAAGGGGCGCUCCCAGUUCUCAAGUAUUUCGAGUUUAGGUGUGACGUACUUUGUCUGGCUUUCAUGGCAGGAGCAAUGCCCAAUCUUCGGAGGAUCAAGCUAGCUUUCAAUACUGAUAUCAGGGAGAAGUACAGCAAUAUGCUUGCCGGAAUCGAGCACCUUUUAAACCUCCAGGACGUCACUGGACAAAUUGGGGUAGUUACUGAAUCUGACAGAAGGGCUGCUGAAUCAGCAUUCAAGGAAGCCAUUAGCAAGCAUCCAAUGUCCUCUAGAUCUAGCAUACAAUGGGUGGAUCCAGUUGAGAAAGUAUUCCGUCCUUCAGAGAAACAGUAUUUGAGGCGAGGAAGAGGUUCAUCAGAUGAAACGCAUGGGGGUCUAGAGAAAGCCGAAGAUGCGAUCAAACAUGCUAAGAGAGGUAAAACUUCUUCCGCUGGGCUGGAUCUGGACCACGAUGUCAAGGCCUACAGAACCUCUUGUUCAAGCGCUUUUUUCCCUCAAAAGCGCGUCAGAACACGCUUCUUUUGCAUUAGAAGAAAGGCCACCAAAAUGUGGCAAAGCUACACAACCACCAAGGGUGGCACUGACCGAACUGAAAACAAGAAAGAGCAGCAAAAACUACAGACCCCGCUAAAUUAUGUACAAAGGAAAAACCAACAGCAAAGCUCUCAUUCAAGUGCUUCAGUUGGGAAUAAGACAGAGGACGCAAAAUUGUUCAGUACCACUUCUUCAUCAUCAAAUUUGCAAAGCAUUGAAGUUAGUCAUCAGGUAGCUACUGAACGUGAAGAGCAGAUGUUGCCGGACUCCAUGGAACAGGAGUGUCUGGAUAGCAGCCAGUCUGGGGAGCAAAUUGCUGCUGAGACUGGUGUGCACUCUCAGGUCUCUUCUCCCUCAUCGUGUUCUCUCUCAUCAGCAAGGCACCACGAAGAAGAGCAUGCUUCUGGGCUCAACUUACCUGGAGAAGUCACGGUGAUGAGCUCAAACAUCAUCUUGAAGCAGGAUAUUCUUGCUAAGGUUAAAGAACAUGAAGAACAAAUUGCUCGUUUAAGAAUGCACCUUGUUGACUAUUCAGUGAAGGAAUCCCACAUACUUAAUGAGAAACUUGUUUUGGAAAAACGUAUUGCACAUAUGCGAAGGGAAUUUGAUCAGCACCAACAAGAUUCCCUUGAUGCCGCAUCAAAAGCUUUGUCUUACAGACAAGACAUUAUUGAGGAAAAUCUCCAUCUGGCAUACUCACUACAGGCAGCACGCCGAAGGAGAUCAAAUUUUGUACUUUCUUUGAUGCCUCUUCUGUCAGCACAUAACCUGCGGCCUUCUGUUCCCGAUGCUCAAUCAAUUGUUAGCAAUCUAAAGGUUUUGUUUACGCAUUUGCAAGAGAAACUCGCUAUUACUGAGGAGAAACAGAAGGAACUACAGUACCAGAUUGCUCGGCGUGCUGAAUCUUCCAAUAUUAUGGCACAGACACCUUCUGAUCCUCCUGGAAAUGCAUUGGUUGCUUCUUGCCAAACCGGCCUUGACAUUGUGCCCCAGCAAGCAUAUCCUCAUGUACAGCGUCCAAUUUCCUAUCCCGUUCGAGCUAGACGGGAUAGGGGUUUAUUGGCAAAUGAGAACCGUCAGAUCCUCCCAACCAAGGCUGCUCUGACAGACACUGAGCACGACAAUGUUGGAAGGACCUCUCCUCCAAGAAGCAACCAAUUUACCAAGUAUGGUGUAGCAAAAGAAACUGAGCGCGAUUCUCGUGCUGGACGAUCCCGUGCUGUACGAUUUAACUUUGAAUCCAAGGAUCAAAACCCAUCAUUCAAGGACCCUGUUGGGGGUGAUGUAACAAAAAAACUAGAAGGAGCUGAAACCCAAACUUCACGAGAACCUCCUGCGGAGUGGAGUCCUCAAGGCCCACCUAAUUUGGCAUCUGUCCUUGACGCUGUGGAGGAUGACCCACUACCAGCCAUAGAUGGGCUAAGAAUCACAGGUGAAGCUUUUCCUGGAAGUGAACUUCAAGCAAGUGGGUAUUCCAGCAAUGGGACCACAAGUUGUUAUUUUGAGUGGGUACGCCAUUUGGAAGAUGGAUCGGUAAAUUACAUAGAAGGUGCAAAGCAACCCACAUAUUUAGUUACUGCUGAUGAUGUGGAUUCUUUACUAGCCAUAGAGGUCCAGCCUCUAGAUGACCGAAAAAGAAAGGGGGAGAUCGUGAAGGUUUAUGCUAAUGAGCAGAGAAAAAUUACUUGCGAUCCUGAAAUGAAGGAGCUCAUCGAGAAAAUUCUUUCAAUUGGGCAUGUGUCUUAUGAAGUUCUGCUACCUGUUAAAUUUAUAAAUAUGUGGGAUCCUGCCUUAUUGGCAAUAAACAGGGAAGGUUACAGCAUUAAGUGUAAUGGACAGCGUGGUGUUGUUAUGACAGAGAAAUUCCGGCAAGCUACGACUAUCAAUAUCCCAUAUGGGCGUCCCACUGAAUUUUCAAUCCAGUCUGCUAAGGGUGCUGAGUACAAUCUCAAGCCUGCAAAAAGUUCCCCAUCACGAGAUGCCAUCGUUCUAAUACUGAGGCUGUACAGAAUGAAGGCUCUUGAGAAGAGCAAGGGAAGGAAAAAGGGGAUCUUCUUCAAGUAG